UCCUGCCUCCCUGCCCGGCGUGGGGCAGCGGCUGCCCCGCGGACCCUUUUACUUCACGCAGGAGGGAAAACAGCCCCGGUCUUGCCGUCCUCAGUCGUUUAUGCCGAAGUGUAGGAGCCGUGGGAGCUGCUGCAGCAUCUCCCGUUAGGUGGCACCGGCAUCGGGGCUCGGCUCCGGCGGAGCGAGGCAAGGCACCGGUGGUGGGAGAGACCCCCGAGAGGAUGGGGUGUCCGCCGGCCACAUGUCGAGCAGCGGUUUGUCGUGAGAGCAUGGCUCCUCGUGUGUGUGUGGUUAUGUAUGUAGCUGGGUGCCCUUACAGCUGGGAUUUAAUAUGGAUUAACUAGGUACCUCAGGAUCUGCGUGAAACAUAAGCACCUAUUUAAAAUGCGUUGGCAGAGAGCAUUUAACUUAUGGUUCGGGCUUUUGCACGAAUUUCAUCUACCUUUCCGUGUUUCUCUACAAGCAACUGCAAAGAGCUGCUGCUUUGGUGCACUCAGUUGCUCUCCUUUGGGAGUUUAAAAGUGCUUUCUUCCUCAAGAGAACAGCUGAAAGGACAAGGAGGUCUGAGGAGUGUGAAGGCAGCAGGCAGUGCUUUCCUUUCCUUUCACAGGGACAAUUCACCAGACUAAAAGCACUUGAAAACUGCACAUUGUGUUUUGCUGGUAACAGCUUCAUGGAGUUACUUUUGCCUCUCGGUUUCUUAAUCUGGUGUGUUCCCCCCCACAUCACCCUGCUCCCGGCCAUACUUAGCAAGAAGCCACUUCAAGAGCCUCCCACAGAAGUUUUACAAAUGAAAAAAGAUACGCUAUUCCUUCUGACAUCAGUUCUCCAGAGCUUUAUCUCCACUUGCCUGUCGGCUGGUGGGAGGCCAGAAGAGAGGACCCAUGGUGCUCCCGUGUGGCACCUUAUGAUUUCCAAAGCCAUGCACAUUGUAGGGGUCAUGGGACACAGCUGCAACAAGCACCUUGCCUGGGCCACCGUCCCAGGUCUUCCUAUAGGGACACAAGCUGAUCCACCCCACUGCAGCGUGCUGUGCUCCGAAGUGCAAGCUGCCCACUGACUCGCCUUCCCAGAGAAAGGUCAAGGCUGAUGUGGCUGUCCCCUUGACUUCUAAUGGAAAGAGAUGGCGUUUGGGUCACUGCCUUUUGACAACAGUAGAUUUACUAGUAAGACAGUUACAGGAAACUUUGCCAAUGUGAUUCAUGGUUUGAAUGCAAACCACCUGACAGACCAAGUCAUUCAGAGAAGCAAGCGAAUGAUUCUGGAUACUCUGGGAGUAGGGCUUCUGGGGACCAGCACCGAGGUCUACCACAAAGUGAAACAGUACAGCAAAAUCUACAGCUCAGACAUAUCCAGUACCAUCUGGGGCCACUUGGAUUUCCGACUGCCUCCUCUGUAUGCAGCUUUUGUGAAUGGAGUGGCUGUGCACUCAAUGGAUUUUGAUGACACGUGGCAUCCAGCCACACACCCCUCUGGGGCUGUGCUCCCUGCCGUGAUUGCUCUCUCUGAGGCCUUUCCUCAGAAGAAAAAAAUCUCAGGUCUUGACCUGCUCUUAGCUUUCAACGUGGGAAUUGAGGUGCAAGGCAGGUUGCUACGCUUUUCCAAUGAAGCCAGGAAUAUUCCAAAAAGGUUUCACCCACCAACUGUGGUUGGUACGAUAGGGAGUGCAGCAGCUUGCGCAAAACUGCUAGCUCUUGACCAGGUGAAAUGCAAAAACACCUUGGCUAUUGCUGCCUCCUAUGCAGGUGCCCCCCUGGCGAAUGCAGCAACCCAAACGAAGCCCCUCCACAUUGGCAACGCUGCCAAGCACGGACUGGAAGCGGCUUGCUUAGCCUCACAGGACCUUCAAGGAAACAAACAGAUCUUGGACAUGGAGUCGGGGAUGGGUGCCUUUUACACAGAUUACAGUCCACAGUCUCUGCCAACCUUGCAGUCCUAUGCCUGGCUGUUGGACCAGCAAGACGUGGCCAUCAAGCGCUUCCCUGCUCACCUUGGAACGCACUGGGUGGCUGAUGCAGCAUCUGCUGUUAGGAGGAAGCUCAUAGAGAGCAGCGACAACUUGCUUCCCCUUGAUAAAAUUGAGAAAGUCAUUGUCAAAGUCCCAGAAGUCAAGUACGUGAACAGGCCCAACCCUAACUCGGAACACGAAGCUCGACACUCCUUCCAGUUCGUUGCCUGCUCUGCUCUGCUGGACGGCAGCAUGUCAGUCCAGUCCUUUGCCAGUGAGAACAUCCACCGGCCAGCCUUACGGGAGCUUCUCUGCAAAAUGCAGCUAGAGCACCCUGCCGAUAACAAACCUAGCUUUGAGAGUCUUUACUGCGAAGUGACUGUUGUGCUUCAGGAUGGCAACACGAUUAGCGACCGCUGCGACACCUUCUAUGGGCACUGGAGGAAACCUCUGAAAAAGGAGGACCUGGAGAAAAAAUUUCAAUCCAAUGCUUCUGAAGUCCUCCCUGCAGAAGCCACAGAAGGCAUUAUAGAGACUGUGUACAACCUGGAAAAAGUAAAGGACUGUUCCAUAUUAAGUAUGUUUUUAUCAGGACAGUCAGCUAGAGCAGUUUCAGAGAAACUGCGCUUACUUUGAACUCACAGCUAGAUGCUAUUUACAAAGCAAACAAAAUUCAGGAAGAGGCCUUAGUGACUCAAGCACUUUUAAAUUGGACUUACUAACACAAGAGCCAUUGUCAGUCCAAUAUUCCGGUUUUUGACUAAGUAAGUAAUUUAGAAAUAACACGCACGGUUCAGCGAGAGAGGCUGAAGAUCUGCUGGCACAGUCUACUUCAAUUAUCUUUGUGUCUCUAGAGGCAGAGCACUGCCUGCGUGCUGCAUAAAAAUUUCCCUAGUCUUCUGCCAAAAGAAAUCUGCACGUUCUGCUUCUGCAAAAUCACUUCGCAAAGGAAAUCCGAAUUCUGGAGGGGUACGGAAAUGCUGUCUCUAUGAGAAACACCACUGUGAGAAGGACAGAAAAUAAGUUUCUAAACAUGUAUUUCUGUACAUUUAGCUAUAAAGUCUCCUUGAAGAGGCCACCUGCUACAUCAGAGCUUUGACGUUUGUAGCAAAAUAAAUACAUAAAACAGAGUAGUAGCUCUUGAUACUCUGCAGUACGUCAGGCUUUGCUAUCAAGACCGGAAUGUUCUUCAUCACGCUGCUGCACAGCAAGAGGGACAACUCUAUGCUCCUAGUCCCAGAAGCAUUAUUUCCCAGCCCCAUCUUUUGGCUGCUUAAUUGUACUGGUUUAGUCCUGCCGUAUACCCACUUCAAUUAAAAGGUGCUGGCUCAACAGGAGAUUCAGCCCCACUUCAACCACUGAGACAACCAGAAACUUUUAACAACUGUGCAUUUAGGCUGGGGGGUGUUUAUUCUUAGUAGGCAAGAAACAUUUUACAGUGAGAGAGGUUGUGGUAGUCCUACAUUUUCUGACUGCAUACAUGCAAGUGUAGUCCUGGUAAAAGAUAUACUAUGCUCUUGUGAACAGUUGCAAGUUUUUAAUAAGAAAGCUGCUUCUGCCGCAUUUCAAGUUUAUGCUCAAGCUGUUUACUUCAAAAGAUUAUCUGCUGUCUUUUUACUUUGACAACCAUUCCCACUCAGCACCAAUUAGUGAUGCCAUGUUUAGAUUACCGCAGUGUCUGCAGUAGGUAUCAAGACACGUCUUAUGCUGCAACCACUAAGUGACCACAGUGACAAUUUACUCACCUUGGAAACUAAUUCUGGGAAUCUUUAGUUCCCUUGAGCCUCACCACUUUUACUUAGACAAGGCCUUGAAAGAUUGUGCUUCUGAGAGGCUAACUUUUGCCCACAUUUAUAAGAUCAAAGUAGGUGUUGUUAAGAUGUAUAAAGUGUACCUACUUUAGAGCACUGAAGUAUGUAAAAAAAAGUUUAAAAAAUAAAAAAUAAAAAUAAAGCUACUUCAUUUUAGUAAAAAAAAUUAUUUCAUUUAUUACACCACUAGUUGUAUAUUUUCCAUAUGCAAAGUAUUAAUUUGUACUUAAGUUCUUUGUACUUAAGUACUUCGUCCUCUGACUCUUGGUUUAUAAAAUUAGUUUAUGCUUGUUUCAAGACCUGCAGAGAAAAGAUCUUUUUCCCUUUUGAUUGGAAAGAGAAAUUAAAUUACUCCUCUAUACUGAAGAUAUAGACACAUUUACAGCUAUGUCAUCUGUAAUUAUACCUGGGUAAUCCCAAAUGUAAGUUACGGAUAAUCAUCAGUGAUGUGAGAAAAACCCAUUGGAUGAGAAGGGUGCCUACGUUACUUAUCAAGACU